AUGACCGGCGGUGAUUCGCUCACUGAAGAUCUCAAUGUCUACUACAAUGCCGGCGAUAUCGCAUGGAUGAUUACAGCCACAGCGCUCGUGCUUCUCAUGAUCCCUGGUGUUGGGUUCUUCUACUCCGGUCUUGCUCGUCGUAAAUCCGCCCUGUCGCUCAUUUGGCUGUCUGUUGCCGCCACAGGCUUGAUUUCCUUCCAAUGGUUCUUCUGGGGAUACUCGCUUGCUUUCUCCCACACUGCCGGCAAGUUCAUCGGUAACCUCGACAACAUUGGCUUCCGCAAUGUUCUGGGAGCUCCUUCGGUUGGCUCGAGCAAGAUCCCUGAUCUUAUGUUCGCUGUCUACCAGGGCAUGUUCGCGGCCAUCACAGUCGCACUCGCAAUUGGAGCCGCUGCCGAACGUGGCCGUAUGCUACCGGCCAUGGUCUUCUCCUUCAUCUGGUCAACCAUCGUCUACGACCCAAUUGCCUGCUGGACAUGGAACGGCGCCGGGUGGAUGUUCAAGAUGGGUGGCCUCGACUUUGCCGGUGGUACUCCCGUCCAUAUUUCCUCUGGUGCCGCAGCUCUGGCCUAUUCCUUGAUGCUCGGAAAGCGUCGUGGCCAUGGGACUCACGAGCUGAACUACCGCCCGCACAACGUGACUCACAUUGUUAUUGGCACUGUGUUUCUCUGGGUUGGGUGGUUUGGGUUCAACGCUGGUUCGGCCUUGGCUGCCAAUCUGCGCGCCGUCAUGGCUGCCGUCGUGACCAACCUGGCUGCCAGCGUCGGUGGGCUGACUUGGUGCAUUCUGGACUACCGCCUGGAGCGCAAAUGGUCGACUGUCGGCUUCUGCAGUGGUAUCAUCGCCGGCUUGGUCGCCAUCACUCCAGGUAGCGGUUACGUGCCGGCAUGGUCCGCCGUCAUCUUUGGUGUUGUGGGAGGUGCCGCUUGCAACUACGCCACCAAGCUCAAGUUCCUGCUUCACAUUGAUGACUCCCUGGACAUCUUCGCCAUCCACGGAAUCGGCGGCUUGGUUGGUGAUCUCCUCACCGGCCUUUUCGCUGCCGACUAUAUUGCUCACCUGGAUGGAUUUUCGGAAAUUGAUGGCGGCUGGCUCAACCGUCACUGGAUACAACUGGCCUACCAACUUUGUGACGGUGUUACCGGCAUGGCGUACUCAUUCGUCCUCAGCUGCAUCAUUCUCUUCAUCUUGAACUUCAUUCCCGGCCUCCACCUACGUGCUUCCGAGCAGGAGGAAAUCAUGGGUAUGGACGAGACAGAAAUCGGUGAAUUUGCCUAUGAUUACGUGGAACUUUCCCGAGAUGUCGUCAACGGGCUCGAGGAAGAUACGACAGCUGCUCGCGACUCUCCCAGCUCCGACGGCGAGGCACAUCCGGAGAAGCCAGCGAACGCGCCGUUGGAACCAUAG